GGUAUACUUGGACCUAGGGGUGGCAGGGGACAUGGUAUACUUGGACAGAGGGGUGGACAUGGUAUACUUAGACAGAGGGGUAGCAGCGGAUGUGGUAUACUUGGACAGAGGGGUGGCUGUGGAUGUGGUAUACUUGGACAGAGGGGUGCACGUGGUAUACUUGGAUAGAGGGGUGGCUGUGGAUGUGGUAUACUUGGACAGAGGGGUGGACGUGGUAUACUUGGACAGAGGGGUGGCUGUGGAUGUGGUAUACUUGGACAGAGGGGUGGCAGUGGAUGUGGUGGUGGUGGUGGUGGACAUGGUAUACUUGGACAGAGGGGUGGCAGUGAACAUAGUAUACUUGGACAGAGGGGUGGCGGUGGACGUAGUAUACCUGGACGGAGGGGUGGUGGACGUGGUAUACUUGGACAGAGGGGUGGCAGUGGAUGUGGUAUACUUGGACAGAGGGGUGGCAGUGGACGUGGUAUGCUUGGACAGAGGGGUGGCUGUGGACGUGGUAUACUUGGACAGAGGGGUGGCUGUGGACGUGGUAUACUUGGACAGAGGGGUGGCGGUGGACGUGGUAUGCUUGGACAGAGGGGUGGCGGUGGACGUGGUAUGCUUGGACAGAGGGGUGGCAGUGGACGUGGUAUACUUGGACAGAGGGGUGGCAGUGGACGUGGUAUACUUGGACAGGGGGGGGCAGUGGACGUGGUAUACUUGGACAGAGGGGGAAGGUGGAUGUGGUAUAUUUGGACAGAGGGGUGACGUGGUCAGAGGAUAGAUGAAUAUAGUGUCUACAGUAUGUAUUAAUCCAUAGGACAAACA